ACCUUCUAUGAGAUCUACUCUGUCUCAUAUGACAUCAAAUGUAUGGGAGCAAAAAGUGUAUUGCGUUUUGGGAAGUGAUAAGCGAUGAGCAUGGCAUCGACCCAGCCGGAGGCUAUGUCGGUGACUCAGCACUGCAGCUGGAAAGGAUCAAUGUCUACUACAAUGAAUCAUCGUCCCAGAAAUUCGUACCAAGAGCAGUCUUAGUGGACUUGGAGCCGGGAACCAUGGAUAGUGUGCGAUCCGGUCCUUUUGGUCAGCUCUUUCGGCCUGAUAAUUUCAUCUUUGGACAAACUGGUGCAGGAAACAACUGGGCUAAAGGACACUAUACAGAAGGGGCAGAGUUGGUUGACUCUGUACUUGAUGUAGUAAGAAAAGAGUGCGAACACUGCGAUUGCUUGCAAGGAUUUCAGCUCACUCAUUCCCUGGGAGGAGGGACAGGAUCUGGCAUGGGAACCCUACUCAUCAGCAAGAUACGAGAGGAAUAUCCGGACAGGAUAAUGAAUACCUUUAGUGUCAUGCCCUCUCCAAAGGUUUCCGAUACAGUGGUGGAGCCUUAUAACGCUACACUCUCGGUCCACCAACUGGUUGAAAACACAGAUGAAACCUACUGCAUUGACAAUGAAGCUUUGUAUGACAUUUGCUUCCGCACCCUGAAGCUCACCACUCCAACAUACGGUGAUUUAAACCACUUGGUUUCUGCUACCAUGAGUGGGGUAACUACAUCCCUGCGUUUUCCAGGCCAACUAAAUGCUGACCUCCGGAAGCUGGCAGUAAAUAUGGUCCCUUUCCCACGCCUUCACUUUUUCAUGCCAGGCUUUGCUCCUUUGACAGCUCGAGGCAGCCAACAAUACCGAGCACUCACCGUUCCAGAGCUCACCCAGCAGAUGUUUGAUGCCAAAAAUAUGAUGGCAGCCUGUGACCCAAGACAUGGCCGAUAUUUGACAGUGGCUACCGUCUUCCGAGGUCCCAUGUCCAUGAAGGAGGUUGAUGAGCAGAUGUUGGCCAUCCAGAACAAGAACAGCAGUUACUUCGUGGAGUGGAUUCCAAACAAUGUCAAGGUGGCAGUGUGUGACAUACCUCCUCGUGGCCUCAAGAUGGCUUCCACAUUCAUUGGCAACAGUACUGCUAUUCAAGAGCUCUUCAAAAGGAUCUCAGAGCAGUUUUCAGCCAUGUUUAGGAGAAAGGCCUUCCUCCACUGGUUCACAGGAGAAGGAAUGGAUGAAAUGGAAUUUACAGAAGCAGAAAGCAAUAUGAAUGAUCUGGUUUCAGAGUAUCAGCAAUACCAAGAAGCAACAGCAAAUGAUGGAGAGGAAGCGUUUGAAGAUGAUGAAGAAGAAAUCAAUGAAUAAAGAAAUUAGGUGCGCUAUUUUCCAGGCCAAAUUCUCAAAUCUGGAUUUCUAAUAAUUAGGCUAAUAAAUCCAUAUUUAGGCU